UUUUUCCAAAGAGUAAUAAGAAAUAAUUAGGGACAUUCGAUGUGAGGAGAAUCGGAACCGGAUCGCUAUCAACUUUCGUUGUGCUACGCAUCUUUGUUUUGACAAGCGUAUUGUAACCUACAGCUAUGUUGUCAAACCUCUUCGUGUGCCUACUGUUUCUUCCGUGUGUCAACAGUCUUCAUUUCUUUGACCAACAAAACUUUGAACACAGAAAGAAUGUGCUGUUCAUUGUUGUUGAUGACCUUCGACCUACACUCGGUUGUUAUGGAAACCCAGUGGUCAUAACACCAAAUAUUGAUCAGCUGGCUUCAAAAUCAAUAAAAUUUGAGCGAACUUAUGUCCAACAGGCUGUCUGUGGUCCAAGCAGAACAUCUUUCUUAACGAGUCGUCGCCCAGAUACAACCAGAUUGUAUAAUUUUGGAUCUUAUUGGAGGAAAGCAGCUGGAAACUUCACCACUUUACCCCAAUAUUUCAAGGACAAUGGUUACUUCACAGUUUCAGUAGGAAAAGUAUUCCACCCAGGACGUGCAUCAGGUUUUACAGAUGACUACCCAUACAGCUGGAGCAUACCCCCAUACCAUCCACCAACAGAGAAAUAUAAGAUGGCCAAGGUGUGUCCUGGAGCAGAUGGGAAACUUCAUAUGAAUAUUGUAUGCCCUGUAGAUGUCAAUUCACAACCUGAACACAGUCUGCCUGAUAUACAAAGUACGGAAUAUGCAGUACGGUUCCUGAAAGAAAGAGCCCUGAAUAAAAGCAAGCAGCCAUUCUUCUUAGCUGUUGGUUACCACAAACCUCACAUACCCCUGAAAUACCCCAAAAGUUACCUUGAUCUCUACCCUUUUCCUGAAAUAAAACUACCGAAAGACCACAAUUAUCCUCCAGGCUUUCCAGCAGUCGCCUGGAACCCGUUGCUUGAUCUUCAAAGAAGGGAAGAUGUUGCAAAACUGAAUGUUAGUUUUCCAUUUGGGCCUUUACCAGACCAUUUCCAAAAACUUAUAAUUCAGAGUUACUAUGCAGCUACAAGCUACACCGAUGGUCAGAUAGGACAGUUACUCACUUCUUUGGACAAAAAUGGUUUCGCUGACAAUACAAUCAUUUCAAUUAUUGGAGAUCAUGGCUGGGUUCUUGGGGAGCAUCAGGCAUGGUCUAAAUUUUCUAACUUUGAAGAGGCAGUUCGAGUUCCUUUUAUAAUGCAUAUUCCUGGCCUGACUUCAAAACCUUUUGCACCUGGUUUCAAUUUUCCCUUUCAAGAUUCAUUCAAAUUUUUUAACAAGUCUCAAACCCUGAAAAACUCUUUGAACAUUAAAUCAAACAAACUGAAAAAAUUUUCAUCUGUUGAUGCCAUUCUGAGAGGAAAUGAAUACAGUACGAAUGAAUCAGAAGAUGCAUUAAAUGCCGUUUCUCACAGACAAAUUGAGAGGGAAUUUGCUGGGCCUUUCAUUAAAAACACUCAGUUUGUCAGUAACGUUUUUGUGGAGCUGGUAGAUUUAUUUCCUACGUAUGCAGAGCUAGUUGGUUUACCUUUACCUGAGCUAUGUCCCCGAAACUCAUCAUUAAUCAAAGUAUGUACAGAAGGAGUCAGUUUAGUAAAAGUAAUCAAGGAAACCCUGAAAUCGCCCAAUCUACCCAACAGUGUCGGCCGACAUUGGAAAAAGGCAACUUUCAGUCAGUAUCCCCGUCCAUCGGAUUUCCCUCAAAUGGAUAGUUUGUUGCCACAUUUAAAGCACAUCAAAAUCAUGGGAUAUUCAAUGAGAACCAACGACUUUAGAUAUACAGAAUGGGUAGGUUUUAAUCACACUAGUUUUACUCCUGUAUGGGAAGACUUGCAUGCAACAGAAUUAUACUCCUUCGACUCUUCUGACUAUAACAGAGCCAUAGAUCCAAAAUAUGCUUCUUUAGUUAGAGAGUUAUCAAAGAAACUUCAUGCUGGCUGGAGAGCAGCCUUACCCCAAAAUAUAUAUUAAAGUACUAAAAACAUGAGAGCUGUGAAAAAUAUGCAAAUUCAUAGUCAUCUUUCAUGCCCAAUUUACAACCAAGACUAAAUAUAGUUGAAAUUUAUA